UCCCCGGCUCUUUGCUGAACACACACGACAGCGUCCGCACAGAAGACAUGACGUUUAAUUUGUGAUUGUGAGACGUAUAUUUUAAAUUUAAUUUUUGCCAAUUUUUUUAAUACAUUGUAUAGCACAAAUUUUUGAUAAAAAGAAAAAAAAAUGUCAUCAGCCGAUAUAGCAAUGCUUGUUGACAUGGGAUUUAGUCAGUCAAGCGCUGAAAAAGCCUUACAGGUAACGGGAAAUAAAGGUGUUGAACCUGCAAUGGAAUGGUUAUUAGCGCACAAUGAUGAAUCCGAACCUCCUGAAUCUCCUGCAGAAUCACCAGUUGGAGAGAGUGCUCCUGACUCGGUUGCUGCUGCCGAACCUAAUCAAGAUAUGGCAAGUGCAAGUGGAGAAAAUAAAGAUUCUGACACUGCAAAAUCAAUGAAAUGCGAUGUAUGUGGAAAAUUAUUCAAUUCAACACUUGAGGUGGAGUUUCAUGCGACAAAAUCGGGUCACGAUCAAUUUUCGGAGAGUACAGAAAUGAAGAAACCAUUGACCGAUGAAGAGAAGAGAGAGAAAUUGAAGCAGCUAGAGGAGAAACUCAAAGAGAAACGAAAGGAACGCGAGGAAAAGGAAAAGCAUGAAUCGUUUGAAAAGGAAAAACAUAGAAUACGUUCCGGAAAAGAAAUGUCGGAAGCCAGAAAAAAAUUAGAGGAAAUUGAAAUGCAAAGGAUAUUAGAGCAAAGAAGACGCGAGAAGGAAGAUGAUAAGAGAGCUCGUCAAAGGGUUAGAGAACAAAUUGAGGCUGAUAAAGCAGCAAGAAAGGCAAAAGCUGCAGGUGCAAGUAAUCAACAAACACCACCAACGACUCCCAAUGCAAUUUCACCAACUGUUUCGAGUCCAAUUGAAAUUACUUCCAGUACUGCCGUGAAAAAAGACUACAAUCAAACGAAACUCCAAAUAAGACUUACGAAUGGACAAACAAUAACGCAAACUUUUGGAUCCAAGGAACAAUUGUCGGCUGUGAGACUUUAUAUUGACAUGAAUCGAACGGAUGGCGAAGGAUCGUUUAGUUUAAUGACAAAUUUUCCACGAAAAGUUUUUACUGACGAUGAUUUCGAUGCACCUUUGGAUGUUUUAGGUUUGGUACCCUCAGCAGUUAUAAUUAUUCAAAAAAAAGUACAAUGAUCAUCGAGAUAAUUAUCUUGAGCUAAAGAAAAAAAAAUCUCUAUUAAUACAUACACUACUAGAUUUUUAGCUAUUUUAUAAAUUAAGCGAUUCGCGAUUCCUAGGUUUGUGUGCUGAAAGUGUUUUUUUUUUUUUUUAAGGAACUAAAAGAGAAAUUAAGACUAUUCUUUUAUUGGUAAUUACAAAUAAAAUAAUCUUACAAGAAAUUUUUUUUAUUCAUUAAAAAACUAAGAAUCGACCAAUAUUGUUUUUCUUUUUAUUUGCAAAGUUAAAAAUACUGAUUUACAAUUUGUAUUAAGCAUUACAUGUGGAUAUAUAAACAAAAAAAUUUAUAUUAUAUAUCUUUCACUUU